GACGGCGGGACCGCGCGCGUCUGCUUGCGGGUGGUCGGCCUGGGCUGGAUCAGUUCCGUGGGCGUGACGAUCCACCCCCACCGCAACCUGCUGCGGCGGAGUACCUCUGUCCCUCGCGGGCUGCCGCCCAGCGGGGAGGUCACUCGACGCCGAUGGCUGCCGUUCAGCGUGGAGAAGCCAUGCCGUGCGACGCGGGUGGUCUACAUUGACAACCUGGAGGUCGUAAAGAUCGCGUGCAAGUCCGCGGCCGCGACGCUGCGAGGGACGGUGCCCGAGCUCGUCUCCGAGGGCCGCGCCUGCUACGCGGCUGCGGGAGGCGGGCGGUACGCAUUCUGCUGGGCCGCUGGGUUCGAGUUCGCUUCUUCUUGGCGGCCGCUGGCGGCCAGCUUGGUCCUCGCCCGGAAGCGGCCCGCGAGCCCUCGCACUGGCGGCCGCUUCAGCGUGAGCCUGGUCGAGGAUCUCUUGAUGUGCCUUGCGCUGUCAGGGCUCUGCGUCGCAGAUCCGCACCUCGAGGUCGACUCCCUGAGGACCGCGUCGGAUGGCUCGGAGGCCGCUGGCGCCGUGAUCUAUGGCAACGCCUUCUCCGACCGUGGGCGCGCGCUGCCCGAGGGGCGGCAGCGACCAGCGGACGCCGCAUGCGAGGAGGUGACCGCCCUCGUGAGUGGCUUCGGCGGGAUCGUCGGCGGGUGCCGGGCUUCCGAG